AUGUUUAAUAUUUCCAUUUAUGUUUCCUGCAGGCCAGCAAACAAGUUAGAAAUAUGGGAGGAUUUAAAGAUAAUAAGUUUCACAAGAAGCAUUGUAGCUGUAUAUAGUACCUGUAUGCUAGUAGUUCUUUUGCGAGUCCAGUUAAAUAUUAUUGGCGGUUACAUCUACCUAGAUAAUGCUGCACUCUGCAAAAACGGCACAACACCACUAGCUCCCCCUGAAGUUCAGCAGCAAUAUUUAUCAAGUAUUCAGCACCUUUUAGGAGAUGGACUGACUGAGUUAAUAACUAUUGUUAAACAAGCUGUACAUAAAGUUUUUGGAAGUAUUUCCCUUAAGCACACCCUAUCUCUUCUGGACUUGGAACAGAAAUUUAAAGAUAUCAGGAGAGUAGUGGAACAUAAGGAUUCAGAUCAGAUUGCAUCUUACUCUCCCUUAUGUCAUUAUCUGAUGCCAGAUGAAGAAAACCCCUUGGCUACCCAGGCCUGUGGACUCACAGAAAGAGAUGUUGCUACAAUUAAAUUACUUAAUGAAACUAGAGAUAUGCUAGAAAGUCCAGACUUCAGUACAGUUUUGAGCACGUGUUUAAAUAGAGGCUUCAGUCGACUGCUGGACAACAUGGCAGAGUUUUUUAGACCUACUGAGCAGGACCUUUUGCGGAAUGGCUCUGUACAUAGUCUUUCCAGUGUCAGUCUUCCUUUAGCCAAGAUAAUUCCAAUAAUAAAUGGACAGAUCCAUUCAGUAUGCAGUGAAACACCCAGUCACUUUGUUCAGGACCUGUUGAUGAUGGAGCAAGUGAAAGAUUUUGCUGCUAAUGUUUAUGAAGCUUUUAGUACCCCCCAGCAACUAGAGAAAUGAACUGCACACUUGUAGGAAUAGGUGGUGUAUUUAUAACAAAUCCAGCUGUAACUACUGAUGAGACUUGGGUCCAUUUUAUAAUGAUGUAGGAGUGGUAGACCAGCAGAAAAAACAUUCUGAAAAAAAGUAGGAAUGCGCCCAUUUUUGUUCUGAUAGAGUUCUGUUUCAAACACCCAUUAAAAAUAUUCUUGUUGAAAGAAUCAUUGUAUGUAAAGACUUUCUAUUAAAAAAAGCAGUUAAACUCUUCUGUAAUUCAUUGGAUUAUUUUUAUUGCAUCUGAAAGGCAUCUGGUGGCAGUAUUAUACCAAGCAACUAAAAAAACCCUUUGUUUGCCUGGGGUGUGUAAGUUUUGGAAAAAACUAAUGGUAGUGAUUUAAGAAUA